CUUCCGGGCCGGCCCCCCUGAGCCCGUGCACUACGUCAGUGCCUCUGUCACUGCCACGUCGCGGACGUGGUGACCACAAAAACUAUGGAUAUACUCUUCAGAAUAAGAGGAGGCCUUGAUCUGGCUUUUCAGCUAGCUACUGCUAAUGAAUUUUUUAUCAAGAAGGCACUAAAACAUAUGUUGUGUGAUCUGUCUACUGAGCUUUCUUCAAAUGCGCUUGUGUUCAGAAUUUGCCACAGUUCACUGUAUGUAUGGCCCCACAGUGAUGUAAACACCAUACCCGGAGAGCUGACUGAUAGCUCUGCUUGUAAGACCAUAUUGCGCUUUAUUCAAUUUGAGCAGGAAGAAGAUAUAAAACGAAAAUUCAUGAGAAAGAAAGACAAAAAGUUAUCGGACAUGCAUCAAAUAGUAAAUAUAGAUCUUAUGCUGGAAAUGUCAACCUCUCUGGCAGCUGUAACCCCCAUCAUUGAAAGGGAAAAUGGAGGACACCACUACGUUAAUAUGACCUUACCAGUUGAUGUAGUUGUAUCUGUGGCUCCGGAAGAAACAUGGGGAAAAGUUCGUAAACUCCUAGUUGACGCGAUUCAUAGUCAACUAAGUGAUAUGGAAAAAUGCAUUUUGAAAUAUAUGAAAGGAACAUCUAUCGUGGUCCCUGAACCACUGCACUUUUUAUUACCAGGAAAAAAAAAUCUUGUAACAAUUUCAUAUCCAUCAGGAAUUCCAGAUGGUCAGCUUCAGGCCUAUAGAAAGGAAUUACAUGAUCUCUUCAAUCUCCCUCAUGACAGACCUUACUUCAAAAGGUCUAAUGCUUAUCACUUUCCAGAUGAGCCAUACAAAGAUGGUUACAUAAGAAAUCCACAUAUUUAUCUUAAUCCACCAAACAUGGAGACUGGUAUGGCACUAGUUGAUGCCGGUGACAAACCAGCAGCAUUUGUGGGAUCACGGCAAUGGAUUGGAUCCAUUGAGGUUCAGCUGGUACUAAACCAAUUGAUUGGUAUAACUUCAAAAAUACUGUUUGUCAGCCAAGGUUCAGAAAUAGCCUCUCAAGGACGGGAACUGGCUAAUCAUUUCCAAAGCGAAGGAACGCCAGUUAUGAUCGGGGGAGGAAUUUUGGCCCACACAAUACUUGGUGUUGCAUGGAAUGAGAUAACAGGGCAGAUAAAAUUUCUAAUUCUAGAUCCACAUUACACAGGAGCCGAAGAUCUACAGGUUAUUUUAGAAAAGGGCUGGUGUGGAUGGAAGGGCCCAGACUUUUGGAACAAAGAUGCUUACUAUAAUUUACGCCUUCCUCAGCGACCAAAUAUUAUUUAAAGUGUCCUGGAGUCAAAGGCUGCAGUAAAGUGGUAUUAUAAAUUUAAUAAAGAAUAAGU